GAUGGAACUUACAAGAUUCUCAGGGAUAUAUACUUAGAAAAAAUCGAGAGUGAAAUUGCACUUGUAUAUCAAUUUUAAUAAGAAAUUUUAUAUGUGUUGGGUUCGAAUUAGUGAGUACUUCGUUAUCCCAGUAUCAGUGUUAGAUGAUGCAUUAUUCCUAACCUAUCUUUAUUUACGCUAUUAGAAUUUCUUACUUUGACGUUUGGAGUACUCAGUGAUAACAAUGGCAAAAUAUCUUACGUGGAAAUAUCUUUUUCUAUUAGUUAUAAUACAAAUUGUCAAUGCCAAAAGAAUCAAGGAUAUGAUUUAUAUGUCAGUUGAUGGAGCUGCUGGUUGUUUUCGAAGACACAAUGGAACACAUCAAUUUGGUUGCUCGUCAAGUAGAUCUGGUAGCGUAGGAGUAAUACAUUUAAUAGAACAAGAAGACGACGUCAGAUGGUUGGAAACUAAAGCAACUGCAGGCCCAUAUACUGCGGUCUUACCAUUUUCAAUGUUUACCAGAGAUAUUCUUCUACGUUUGAAAAAUACUAACAAUAUCAAUGGCGUACUAUUGGCAAGAAAUACUAGUAAAAACUAUCCAGAUUUUUAUUCGCCCGAGGAUACUUGUCCAAACAGAUAUUCAAAUUAUAAAAAAUGUAACGACAAACGUCCAUGGAAUCCUCACGGAUCAUCCAUUCUAUUAGAAGACUGGCCAUUUCCCAUGUUUUAUAUGGAGAAUCAAACACUUUUGGAAGCUAUAAAGUCUUGUUUUUGGAAUCAUAAUGCUCACGAUCUUGAAAAUCAAAGCGAGCGUUCUUUGUGCGCAUUGGAGAUGAAAUCAUUCAUGUUUUCGGCUAUUAAUUCUGAUUCGUGUAUAAAACGUAGCGAUUUUUAUUUGAAUAUUAAUCCUACAUCGUUCUGUGAUCCACUCGGAGAUAGGAAUAUACAUUGGCCAUUAGCACCAUUGAAAUCAGAUUCCAAUUCUGUAAUUAUGGUUACCUCCAGAAUAGAUGCGUCUUCUAUGUUUGAUGGAAUAUCUCCUGGAGCAUUAAGUACAAUAACAGGCAUAGUUUCAUUAUUAGCAACCGCUACUUAUUUGAAUUCUUUGAAACCAUAUAUCAAUAAUACAAAUGUUGUUUUUACUCUUCUUAAUGGAGAAGCUUUUGACUAUAUAGGUUCCAGUCGAUUGGUUUAUGAUCUAAAAGAGGGUCAUUUUAAUGCUCUCGGUGGAAUUAGUUUAAAACUUAAUGAAAUUUUAACUGUAAUCGAACUUAGUCAAUUAUCCAAAGGAGAUUUAUUUUUGCACGUUAGCAACAAUAAGACUAAUACAAUGAUAAGUCAGUUAACCGAAGGGUUACAAGCUAAAGUAUUGAGUAAUAGCGUUCCACCUACGUCUGUACAAAGCUUUCUCGAAACAGAACCGAGUCUUACAACCAUCGUUAUAACUAAUUAUCCUGAUCAAUUUACCAAUAAUUAUUAUAACAGCAUUUUAGACAAUGCCAAGAGUCUUAAUUUCAACAGAAAUGAUACAAACGAUCUUGCGUCGAGUUUAACAAAUAUAAGCGUCACUUUGGCGGAGACUUUGUAUUACAACGUCACAGGUGUUAAAGCUCCAAGUGGAGAUGUAAAUAGGAUCGAAAAUAUUAUCUCUGAAAUGUUGUCUUGUUAUCUAGAAAGCGCAAAAUGUAAUCUGUUUCACGCAGCAUCGUCUCCAGGAACCAAGUUGGCCGAUCAAAUUUUACCUUUAUACGUCAGUGUACAUAGGGUACCUAAUACCGUUACAAUUUUAACUGGUCAACUUUUGGCUCUGUUAACUGGCGAAAUAUUAGAAAUGAAUGAAACAGCGUGUUACGAUCAUCAUCACGCGUGGAUGGGUGGAUAUAAUUUAACUGGAAUUUGUAUAAAUUCAACGGUAAAUUACAGUAUAGCUUUAAGCCCAGCAUUCAUCAUCAGUGAUUACGAUAUGAAGUCAGGAAUAUUUUCAACGUGGACAGAAUCUAUAUGGCAAAUGCUAAGUGUUAGAAUGUUCUUGAAACCUUCUGCAGCAACAGAACGUCUUAGCAUGAUUCUUGGCAGCAUAGUGACUAGCACAUCUUUUAUUUUAGUGUGGUUUAUUAAUUCCAAGGCUGAUAUAUUAUUUAAUUCCAGGUGAUAAAACAAUGCGAGCUGUUGAUUGCUAGGGAUACGCUGCGGACCACAUAUCAAUGACCAGGUUGGAUCAUCGAAGAGAUGAUGUUCCCGUAACAAGCCUUUAAACAUAUAUGUGUGGUACGCCCUCGGACGAUUUUUUUAAGUCUGUAUCAAAAGAAAAUUAGGGUUUCACCUCACUAAAAAAAAAUAUAUACCAAGAAAAUUAAUUUAUCUUAAAAUAUUGAGUUAACGUGGGAUGUAUGAUGCAUUAAAAAAAAGUGAGAUGAGUGUAUGUAUGAUUUAUAAGGUGAAAUGUUUUAAAGAAUAUUUUCAUCAUUUCUUUAAACUAUAAUACAAUGAAUAUAGAUUUUCAGAACAACGUAUUCAAAAACGAGGCAAUCUGAAAAUUAUAUAAUUCAUGGUAAAACUUUUGGUUGAAACAAAAUAUUCGUAUUUAAAAAAGUAUAUUUUUAUGGAAAAUAACGUCUAACAUUGUUUGUGAAUGAUUAUAGACAAGCAUCGCUUUGAUUUUUAUCUUUAGUCAAUGAAUUAUUUUGAGGAAAGAUGCAGUCAUAUUUGUAAUGAUUCAAGCAUCUUUUUGUCGUAAUAUCCUGCUUACAGAUUUUUAUUAAUAACUUUUAAAAACUACGAUAAUUCAUUUACUUAAUCGUGAUUAGUAACAAUUAAUUUCUAAAGAAACGAAUAAUAUUACAAAGUUUCUUAUUUCUUUUUUUUUUUUAUAUUUAAUAUAUUUAAUAUUGCAUUUAUUUGCACAUAAGGUUAUAUAUAUAUAAAUUAAUUUAUAGUUAAAUUUAUUCAAAUACUUUCCUCUGUAGAUUUCUUCUUCUGUAUGUUACAAAUGAAGUCUUGCAUCGGUUAUAUUAGAGAGAAUGAAAUUUAGUCGAAGAAAGGGGGGUGGUCUGUGUACAAUACCUUCUUUUCGUGUAGUACAAUUUAAAAAUACUUAUAUAAAAAUCAGAAUUGAAUAGAAUAAUGUAUUUUUUACAUAGAAGAGAAGAAAAACAAAACAAAAAAUUAUAGAGAAACAGUCAUCCAAAUAGUGUUGUAUAAUAAAAAAAGAAGAACAAA